CAUUGAUUCGACAAUCAUAAUGCCAAUCACUCUCUGGGCGGAACUAACUUUUAGAGCUCUAAAUCCCUUCAUUCUGGUAAUAAAAUGUCUUCGAAGCAACGCUUAAUCAUUUAGGAAGUAUCUCUGAUUGUCGAGGAGUAAAAUCAGCUCGUACUUACAAAAAAUAUAUAUCAGGAAACUUGUACGUCAUGACAGGAAGAGAACGCCGAUUGGUCCGUUGUAAGAGAUCUCGCUCUUGUGAUUGGCUGAGCCUGCUGUCAAUCAAAUUCUAACCGUCGUCCUCGUGUACUCCCGACCAAUCAGAUGGUUUGUUUUCGAGUUGUAGUGGGCGUGGCUAAAGCAUGUGGACAAUUGAACCGCUGGAACUGUCAUCGGUAACAAGCAAUGCUAGCCUGCCUCUGGUUUGGGAAUACCACCAUCAGGACUCCACCUAAAGCAUGACACCGGGCUCCAGGGAGGGGAUCGGUGUCGAUGGGAGGAGGAAUCCGUCCAGAAAGCCCGACGAGGAGGAGAGCGGAGAGCAGGCGAGCGAGGAGCGCAGUACAAAGGGAGACGACGGAGUGGAGAAUCUUAAUCCAUCAGCCACGGCUCUCAGCCCCGGUACAGCUCCGGUCCUACCCGCUUCUUCACCGAACCGAGCCGUUCUGGGCUCGACCCAGCAUCCCCAGACCUCAGCGGAGGCCGCCCCUCAGUGCCAGGACCAGCAUCAUUUUCUGCGAUCCAGCGUCCGACCCCCGAGUAAACGGAUCCGGAAGGAUUCAAUCGGCUCGGCCAUCAAUGGACAUGGCGGGGCAAAAUCGAAAGGGGCAGAGAACGGCUCUUCCUCCCAGGGGACCGUGGGACAGACCGGGCCGGUGAUCGGCUCGGCAGGAGGCGUGUCCAAGACCUCAAAGGGACAGGGGUCCACUGAGAAGGAGGAGCAAGCGGGAAACCAGAAGAGGGCUCGCCGACAGUGGGAGUCCUGGAGCGCUGAGGACAAAAACAGCUUUUUUGAGGGUCUCUACGAGCAUGGGAAGGAUUUUGAGGCCAUCCAGAACAAUAUUGCAAUGAAGUACAAGAAGAGAGGCAAACCAGCCAACAUGGUGAAGAACAAGGAGCAGGUCCGACACUUCUACUACCGGACCUGGCACAAGAUCUCCAAACACAUUGACUUUGCCAGCGUGUACUCCAGAGCUCUGAAGAAAUCCUCUCAAGAACUGUACGGCCUCAUCUGCUACGCCGAGCUCCGCAAAAAAGUUGGAGGAUUAAUGGAUGAUAAGAAUGUGGCGAAGCUCAACGAACUCAUCCAGCAAGGGGCCACCACCGUCCGCUCCAAAGGAAGGAACCUGCGAAUCAAAGCGCCCAUGUGCCGCGCGCUGAAGAAACUCUGUGACCCAGAUGGAGUGAGCGAUGAGGAGGACCAGAAGCCGGUGCGUCUCCCUUUAAAGGUGGCCGUGGAGCUCCAACCGCGCAGCAACCACUCUUGGGCCCGAGUUCAGAGCCUGGCCCACAACCCUCGCCUCAGGAUGGUGGUGGAGCUCCACAGGAAAGUCUCCAGCCUCAUGGAGUAUCUGAAACAGAAAUGGGCGUACCACGACCAGUGGAUUCUGAAGAGUCUCAUGGAGAGGGAGGCCCUUGAGACUGCUCAGUCCACCACGGUCUCUCCCAGCAAAUCCCAGCAGGAGGAGCUCUUUCUUUUCCCCGCUGAGAGCAGCACUUUGACCACACUGCCCGGCGUGGCUCGUGUGGUUCACUCCAAGGCAUCCUGUACUGUACACUGGCUGGAGAGCGGGAAGAGCCGGCCUAAUGCAAAGGAACUACCAGCUGCCCAGAUUCUGGGUAUCCACACGGCUACAGCACUUCGGACUGGCACCAAAGCUGGACGAGGAGGAGGAGGUCCUGGUGCUGCAACUGCUGGGGCCGGUGGUGCUCCAUUGACUGUAUUGGGUGAUAGUCGUCGAACUGAGACCCUUAACUCUGAGCCUCCACAGGACAGUGCGACAAAGGUAGAGGAGAAGCGACCCCCGUCUGUGUCGCUCCCCUCACCCUCUCAGCCCAUUGUGGCUCUCAGUGAAGAGGGUCCUGGUUUGGGGCCUCCUGAGGGUGGCAAAACAUUAACUGAUGGGGAAACUGGCGGGUGUUUAGCCUCCGCCAGAAGCAUAGAGAACUUAUGUAGUGUUUCAGAAGGUUCAUCUGAGCAGUGCAAAGAGGAGCACAACACCAACACCAACACAUCUUCCCCAGAGACCAUCCAGACGCCUCCAGCCAAACCUGCAGCAGGUGGAGGCUCGGAGGAGGGGAUAACGCAGAGCUCCGCGCCCCCUGCCAAAGAACGGGCAGUGGAGCAGAUCAGAGAGGAGGGCUGGAGCGUCCGCGAUGCAGAGAACGUCACACUGGCUGAGCUUUACCUGAUGUUCGGGAAGCCUGGGAAGCUGCAGCUGGAGUACGAGUGGCAGCCGGCUGCGAACAACCAGGAAGACGGACAAACCUUCACACAGCCGAAACCGCACCGGACAAAUCGGGUUCUACGCUGCCUGCUAAAGCUGGUUGCCACUGAGGCUAACCCUAAACCUUUGGCUCCAGAGCUCUGCUCCACUGCAACGUCGCCACUGAAGACCCAGCAGGAGGAACAGAACCAGGCACUCACACCUCCAGGGAAGGGUCCCAUCGCAGGCGUCCGCAGCCCCAACUGUGGCCGACAGCAGGCAUCUGUCCGGGGGGCCAGAAUACACCUUCCCAACGCUGGAGCCUCCGGUGGACGCAACCUCCCUCGCUCUCUGCUGGGGUCGUCUGCGGGCGGCGAAUCAGAGGGCGGUGUGUUUGCAGUCCCCACCACGCUCCCCCCCAACAGCUCCAGACACAACAGAAUGUUUUCCCCCAACAAAGAGGCCGAGCUCGCCUUCAGACAGCAGCUCGACUCGAUUAGUAUGCAGUCGGAUCUUUUCCUCUCCAGACAAAGAAAACCUCGAAACAGACAACUCCGGAAACCGCUUGUAGUUCAACGAACACUCCUACCCCGGACUACAGGAGAUACUCCUCAGCACGUCUGCUCCUUCUCCAUCCUCUCCAACUCCUCAGCCACAGGAACUGGAUCUUUCCGGCCGAUCCACACUCGCCUGGCUCCUCCCACUCGCCCCCUCCUGUCCAAAACUUCCCCCGCUGCAAGCAGCUCUGCAGCGGCCAAUCAGCUCUCCAGUGCCAUCGACCUGGCAGCUAAAUCUGCAGGUAUCAUCCCCAGCAGCCCUCGUCCUGAGCCCAACUCUUCCUCUGUGGAGAACAGCGACCUGCUCCCCUCCACGCCCAGCGCUGAAGCAGAGCCAGACCCUCAACUCAUCCAGCACGUCCCUGAGAACGGUGUUCCUCCUCCGUCUCCUGAAGUCACAGGAGGAGGGGACUCUCUCCUCUCGCCACCGAGUGUUGCCUCACUCCUUGACAUCUCUCUCCCGGGGCCCCCUGAGGAGGCUCUAGCCCCUGGAGAGCCUCAGACACACAUCAGUGACUCUAUCAUCGAGCUUGCCAUCAACUCUGCUCAUUACGGUGAGGAGGCCGCGCUCUCUCCAGCCAAACUGAGCAACAACGACGGCUCCAAACUUUUAACCUCGUCCCCCUCGGUCAGCCCGUCCAGAGGCUGGAUCCCCUCGCCCAGCCACGACCCUCAGUGGUACCCCAGCGACUCCUCUGAUUCCACACUGGGAUGCCUCCUCUCCAGCAUGGUCUCUCCUGAUAAGAGCAGGCGGAGCACCCUAACCCCCUCCGGCCCCUCCAGCGGCACAGCUCUGCUUGGUCCGAGCCUCCUGGACUGCAACUCCCAUGACUCCUUUCAGUCCCGUGGCCUUCCUGAUGUGGCAGAGAUGGACUCUCAGCUAGCCUGUAUGAUGAGUGAGAGCAGCGUGGACUACAUCGCUCGCUUCAACGACCUGGCCCAGGAGCUAGCUGUGACAGAGCCCUCCAUCCCUCCACCCUGAGGGGAAAACGACCCGGCUCCACUGACCAGCGUCCAUCUGAAGUACUCGAGCUGGUGGUUCCUCUGCUCUGCCUGGACUGUCACCACGCUGUCCCUCCCUCUCUGGAGAGAGGAGGGCUGUGGACCGAAAAUCAAGCCCCGAAAGCCAUCCCUGCCCUGUUUGUUAAAGUGCAAUAAUAAUGGUGAACCUUGAUUAUCGUUGGAGGCGAGUUUGAAACAAUUUGGUUUUGCUGAACUGUUUCGUUAAGGUGAAAAACCCUUUAAAAGACAAACACUUCAGAAGAUAACUGCGUUUACAAAACACGACCUCAUGUAAAGGAAAUACUACGCCAUAUCUGAACAAAAUAUUUUCACUGAUCUGUAUGUCUCUUCCUGCUCUGUAAGUGUGUGUGUGUGUGUGUGUGUGUGAAUGUGUGUGUGUUUGUCUUCUACUCUGUCAAAUCAACCCGCAAAAUGUGUAGAUCCGCUAAAAUGUGCCGUUCAGAUCCCAGCUGGUAUCAAACAGCUGCUGGAGGCUGAUGUUCAAAGUAAUGGCAGCGAGACGGAGGUGAAAUGUGGCGAGACGCGUCAUGGUGUUUUUUUUUAUAUAUCAUUUAUUUCUGUUGCAGAAAGUGGAGCACAACUCAGCAGGGCAGGUAGAGGUGAAAACAUUCUGCCCUCCAUUUCAUGUGCUCUGAAUCACUUCAGCUUUUAUUGGCUGCACGUUCGGUUUUGGUUAUUCCCAAACUUUUGAAUUGUGGUUACAUUUUGAGUAACUUGCAGCAGUAGGUGGGAGUGUUUGUCUCUGCUGGCAUGAUGAGAAACAUUAAGUAGAUGUUUUCAGAGUCAGACAGAGAUCCACUUAUCCCAGAAUGUGACCCCCCCUCCCUCCCUCCCUCCAACAUAUUCAUUUUCUUAGAAUAUUCUUGGUUGCAACGGAAAGUUUCCAGUUGUAUUACACUCCAUUUAAACUCCCCGGACGAGCAGCCUGAAGUAACGAGAUCAAACACUAAAGCCAUAGUGGAUUACCCCACUCUAACUUAUUUUUAGUUUGGAAGUUCUUCUUUUAUCAAAAAGUCAAACUGCUUUACUAAAAAGAAACCUCAGGCUGCCGUCACUGUCCUUUCACGUCUGCCUUUUUUGCUUGUGAAAACUUUAAAGGUGCUUUAAGUGCUCUAUCUUUAUGCUCUGCUGUAGUUUCACCACACCUGAACCUGCAACGUCAUGCUGUGCUCAGAAAAUACCAUGUGAAGUCCGGACUCAUUGCAUCCUCAUGUUCUCUGAAUUUCAAUUAACCAGCAUCUUUAAUAUGCAGUAUUUUUUAACUUUUCCUCUCCAACAUGUUUGACUUCAUCUCUGAGUGUACAUUGAAAGGAGAGCUCCUGUGUCUCAUUCCACUAACAGGACGGAUAGUGUCUGUCUGUUUGAAGCACCUCGAAGGGGUUUGACUCUAAAAUGUAAAAGCUCUUCUGAUCUGAAAACGUUUCGUCUUCUCACACUAGAUAACAAAGAAGAAGCAGGUUUGUCGUUUUUUUUCUGUUGAAGGAUUUAUUUGUACAAAUGUCGAUUCCAGUAUUCACUGCGCUUUUGUAACAUAAUGUAAAUUGUUAUUUGGGCUAUUUAUUGUUAACAUUUCAGAAAGUGUUUGUUUAAAUUAAAAUGAAGAUGACAUCUAAAAAGGAAAAACCCUGUUUAAAGUUUUCAGUUUGUAAGAGGUGUUUUUAUUCUGUGUAUAAAGAUAGUUAUAAAACCUG